AAAUGUCGACUUACAUAUCCCUGGUUGCAAAUUUUGUCAGGUUUUUGUUUAAUUCUCUAAAUCUGCGGGAAUAUUGUUAUUUAUAUCAAAUAAAUGUGACUUUUAAGGACUCGUUGUGAAUUUUUCUCAAAGUAUUCAUAAAACUAACGACUAUUUUCUACAGCUGUGAUAACUAUCUACAUGAUGGCACCACAGCCACUGGAACAGGGUCUAGCGGCAGGCUAUCUGCCGCAAGGCCAAGAAGGAAGUCCUCGAAUGAACACUAUAUCCUUGGCAGUCCUCAUUGAUUUCAUCAUACAGAGAACCUAUCACGAUCUGACCGUCCUGGCAGAAUUGCUGCCCCGAAAGUCGGAUAUGGAACGUAAAAUUGAAAUUUACAAUUUCGCUGCACGCACAAGACAGUUAUUUAUACGUCUCAUAGCUCUGGUGAAAUGGGCAAAUUCUGUAUCCAAAGUGGACAAGUCAGCGAAUAUAAUGAGCUUUUUGGACAAACAAAAUAUGCUGUUUAUAGAGACGGCAGACAUGCUGGCACGCAUGUCCCGCGAAACACUGGUUAGGGCAUGUUUGCCCAACUUUCAUAUACCCGCUGCCGUCGAAGUUUUAACCAAAGGAACUUACAAUCGCUUACCAACCUGCAUCCGAGAGCGCAUUGUUCCACCAGAUCCAAUUACAGUUCAAGAAAAACGCCAGACUUUGCAACGUCUCAAUCAAGUUAUACAACACAGACUAGUUACGGGAAAACUUAUGCCUCAGUUAAGGGAGUUUAAGAUACGAAACGGCCGCGUCACAUUUGAGGUGAAACAUGAGUUUAGAGUUUCUUUGACAGUGAUGGGCGAUAGUCCAACUGUUCCCUGGCGGUUGCUUGAUAUUGAUGUUUUGGUUGAAGACAAGGAAACAGGAGAUGGAAAGGCCCUAGUUCAUCCGCUUCAAGUCAAUUAUAUACAUCAACUUAUACAAGCACGUCUUGUGGAAAAUCCAAAUGCCCUUAGUGAAGUUUACAAUUGCCUGCACUAUUUCUGUCAAUCACUUCAACUGGAGGUUUUGUACACACAAACAUUACGUCUUAGCUAUGAGCGCUUGGACGAUAACAUACAAGUCGAGGAAUAUAUACCGGGUGUCAAAGUAACUGUUUCAUACUGGCGUGAAUUAACCAGUAAGGAUCCCAAAUCCGAAUUGGGUUACCGUUUGACAGUACAAUCUGACCCAAAUGAAAUCGGACGUCCCCUAGCGGUUGUGCAUAUACCUUCUCUUGGAGCGAAAGAAUCAGCUGAGGUUGCUGAUCGUGCUGUACGUUCCGAUCAUUUGUCCAUGGAACGCCUUAUUGUACAUACUGUUUAUAUCCGAUCAGUAUCACGGUUAUCUGACUUGAAAUUGGAAUUUCAAGCUUUCCUCAAAGAUGUCGAUUUUAACUUACAAGGUACCCCAGCUAUACUAACAGUGCCGGUGUUAACGCCCUGCUUAAGGGCCGAACAAAUUCACAUAACAAUCGACACCCACACGGGUAUGUUACGCUGCCACGUCCCCAAACAUUUAGACUGCCCAAUAAUGCCAGAAAUGCAGGCAUGCCUUAAUGGAGACCGCAACAAAUUGCCACAAAUAAUGUCAGAGCUACGUUACUGGAUAACUCAUCGACGUUGUGAAAAGACAUUGCAGCAUUUGCCUGCCACUGCAACGGAAACUUUGCCAUUUCUCAAGGCACCAGACAAUCCAUUGCUCCAGGCGGGCAGACAUAAAAUUUUCGUUAAACUUCAUCGUCAUCCAAAUUUUAUAUUAGUUGUACAGUUAAAGGAGAAGCCCAACACGCCCAAUGAAAUGGAGUAUACAUUCCACUUAGGUUUCGUUGCUUUCCAGACAAAAGAAACCGAUGCAACUGUGGAUGAAUCCUCACAACAAUUGGUCCCAGUACAUGCCAAUAUGAACCAACAAUCUACGGGUAACGCUCCAAAUGCCGAAGUGCCAAGAGUUUAUACAAAACUUCUAAAGCUUAUUGAAUUUGAUACUUUUGUCUCUACUCACGGCCCAGGCACAGAUGUUGACGACACACCACCACAUAAACGUAAAGCGGGUUUUGAACAUGGAGCACCAUCUGCAAAACAGGCAAAGACUAUAUAUCCGGCUUACUUUAUACCAGAACUUGCUCAUGUAGUGGCCAUGUGUGACGAGAAAAUACCUUUUUUGAAUCUAGCACAAGCCUUGACCAAACACAAUAUUCCGCAUAGUGGUUUGCAAGUGGAAUCUAAUGCCACUUCAUUAGUAUUAAAAAUACUCGCCUUGCCAAAGCCCAGAAAACCCCAUAGCCAAGAACAGGCGAAGGGACAGCCUCAUGGACCAACAUUGCCCACCAUUGAGCCACACAUUUGGAAAGAUUUAAUGAAACGAUUGCUGUCCAUAUCUAUUCGUUCUCAAAUGAAACAAAAUAAUCAAAUUCGUAUAUGGGUUGUAGAAUUUGUAUUUUUCAGCACUCCCCUACAAAGUACUCAUGCCAAGGAGCAAGGCAACCGACGAACAGUUUACCUUACAUAUGAACAAAGUAAUCACGAUUUUUCAAAAACUGUCGAUGAUCUACUAAAAGACUGGUCGAAAAUAGUAUAUCUCUAUACAUUAGCGUACAACUUUGCUGAGCACAUCAAAAACAAACGAUUAAAUAUUGCCGAUAUGGUCAGUAUAAAUUCGUACAAUUAUAUAAAUCUUCUUCUCGGCUAUGGUCCCAAAAAAGAAGUGAUUUGCAAUAUUUAUUGGUCGGCACAAUCGCAUGGUUUCCGAUUGUCUUUCAUGGGUGGAAUAACAACGGUAAAUGCUCAUGCGAUGAUGCGAGAUCAAUUGGCUACUCAUCUGAAUAACCAACAAAGCUUGGCACAAAUGGUGUGCAUCUUACAUGAGACCUAUAACCCUCUGUCAUCAAUUGCUAAACUGCCAAUUAUUCCCCAUCUAGGAAUACCGCGUCCACACGUUCCCGUGUUAUCAUUCUGUAUUCUUCCGCAAUCGCCUUGUCUGAUACGCCUGGCAUAUCAAUCGAUAUAUUGUCUUGAGAUACGUUUCAAGUCAGGACGUUUGGUUUCAAUACGCGAUGGUGCCUUUAGUCGUUUCGAUCGUAACUUAAUUGCCGAGUUCACGCCAAUACAAGGAUUGAAGGGAUUCCUUUCCAAAUAUGUUGACGAGAAUGCAGUCUAUCGCGGUCGAUCACAAAGUGAAGAUGACAACCCUCCCUCGCCUUUGGGAAUGGAGGACAACUUUGGUGGGCCAAGUAGCGUUUCAGGCGGCGGUACGGGAGGCUCAUCGCCUUUUCUUAGCGCGGGUAUGAGAGGACCUCAAUCCCCACGAGAUAGUGGAUUGCGUUUUCCGGCACCACAUACACCACCCUCAAGCUCGAAUCCCCACACCCCAGCUAGUCCUCAUCCUGUUGGCGGCGGAUCAUCUGGAGGUGCUGGUAGCGGACAAAAUCACCCAAACUAUAAUCUAACUUCACCGCCAGGUCCGCAUAUGCCACAUCCCUCGCCGAGUGGACUUAUGCCCUCAUCGCCGUUGAACCCUCAGCCGAGUCCACAUAUGGUGCAUAGUCCUGGCCCUAAUACAUUGUACAUGCAAGGUCACCAAGAUUCACCAUUUGCGGCUAUGUCACCAGCCAAUAGUAAUUGGCCCGGAUCUCCGAGUAUGCCCAGACCGUCGCCUAGACCUGGCCAAAGUCCUGAUCACAAAUCUAGCCAAUCUGGUACGGCUGGCCAAAAUCCGACAGGCAAUAACCCGGGCAAUUCACAAAGUCUCAAUCGAAUGCCUCAAGCAAACCGCUCAUGGGCUGGCGCCAUACCAACUAUAUUGACACACGAAAAGCUGGAUUUACUUUGUCGUCCGAGUCCGCAUCCUAACAAAGAUAUCGGUGUAACACCGGACAUAAGCCCACUGGAACGUUUUCUUGGUUGUGUCUACAUGAGGCGUCAACUCUAUAGAAACAUUCAAAGUGAUGACACUCUACAGCUAUUAAACUCCAACGAACCCGGCGUAGUCCUGUUCAAAGUCGAUGGCAUGCAAUGUCAGGUGACUCUAAAUCAGGUGCACAUGCAAUCUCUACACAUGAAAAUUGCCCCAUUGCCACCUCCACCAACGCCGGAUGGCAAGCAACCUUUCCAAUUAAGUCCCGAGGAUUUUCUUGUGUUGGAGCAAUUUUUUGAUACAAGAGUGGCUGCGCCACCUUAUCGUCCGAAUUCAUUGCACGGCUUUUCUCGUGUUUUAAGUUGUGCACCACAAGUUCUAAAAGAUUUUGUACAAAUCAUGCGUUUGGAAAUGAAGCCAGAAUUGGGAGGAGAUCAAUUGAAAUGGACAGUGCAGUUCUGCACCCGAGUGCCACCAUCAGCGGCUCCAAUUGUGCCCAUUGGAAAUGCUGGCGUGCAUAUAGUGCGAUUAAAAAUAUUAUUCUUUUUACAAAUCACAAGAAUACCAUAUAAUGGCAAGGAGUGGAAGGAUAGCCCCUCACUUGUUUUACCCAUGGUGUACGAUCUUAAUUCGAAUUUAACACAGUUGGCUGAAAAGCGUGAACAACCUCAGUCACCAGGCGCCAUUGCAGCUAGUACAUUGUUGCGACGUUUUUCGGAAUAUGGCGUUCCACAUGGACAAUGUUCAUUGUUUCCGGCUGUGAGAGAUUUGUUGACCAAUCUUCAAUUACCAAACGACGUACCACCACCAAACCAGGCAAUUGGUCCUCCAGUUGGUCCCAUGGUUGGAUCAAGUCCAAAUCCAAUAAUGCAUUCCCCAAUGCAACAAAUGGGCGGACCAGUGGGUCCACCGCAAGUGGGCCCCGGAUAUCAACAAAUGCCCCAAAAUCCCGGCCCUCAGUGAUGAAGGCGAAAACGCCGCUCGGCAGCCAAUAACAAUGUAUGAUGCAGCACAGGCGGCUGAUUAAAUUAAAACAACCACUACACAUACAUACUUCUAUAAAUAUAUACAUAUAUGAACAUUCAUACAUAAAUAUUUCGUAAAUGUAUUCUAGGCUUUUCGACAAUUUAGAGCUGUGCUGAUGAAUACACAGCUCCUUUUUAAAUAGAAUUUAGAAAACAAACAAAAAACAGAAAUCUUACCCGCACAGUCUCAGUUUCGAGGACUUUGUUUUUUUUUACUUUUUUCCAAAAAAGAAACCAUUUGUUAACAUUUCAUUAAAAAAAACAAUCAAUUUAUUAAUUAUUAAUACACACAUAAAGAAACAAAAACAAACAAAUUUAAAGAAGGGAAAAUAAGAAAAAAAUAAAAAAAAACUACAUUUACUUAAAAGUAACCAUAAAUUUAAGAUAUUUACAAAAAAUAAUACACAAGAAGAAAAGAAACAAAUAAAAAAACAAAAACAAAAAUACAUAGUUAUUACAAAAACAAA